CUAUAACUCUAUAAUUUAAUAUCCACGUCAUGUAUUAUUGAAUGAUCAAUAUAAAGGAGAAAAUCAAUAUGAAGUCAAACAAUACUUGGUGGUAAAUUAAUUUACUCCUUUAUUGACAGUAUCGUUGUACGUAUACUUAGAAACAAAAUCUGUUACAUAUAUUACCAAUUUGUGGUUUAUUUUUUACCGUAUUAAUAUGGCAAAGACAUUUAUUGGUAACAAUUUCAAAGUUUUACAAAUACUGCAAGGGCACACUAGUGACGUAACGUGUUGUGACCUCGUCACAACAUCUACAAUAGUUACAGGGUCAAGUGAUAAAACUGUAAGGAUAUGGGAUUGGAACGUUGGAUUGGGGUAUACAGAACGAUCUGUUUCUCCAUUACGAGCUCAUAAAUAUCAAGUUACUUGCGUAAAAAUCUCGCCUCAAGGUUCAUUAUUGGCUAGCGCGUCUGUAGAUGGAAGUGCAGUUGUAUGGAACGUACAUAGCUGCAUUAAACUGUAUGCAUUUACCCAAAUAAAUGGAGAUGCUAUUAGAAUUUGUAGGUUUUCUCCAAACAGUACAUUAUUAAUAACAGCUGGAGAUAAUGGAGCUGUAUGUAUAUGGGAUUUGGUACAUAGAAGUCUGAUUAAGACAAUAUUUAAUCAUCAAGGAACUACCCAAGCGUUAACAUUCACACCCGAUUCCUAUUAUUUGGUUACUGCAUGUUCUUUAGAAAAUAUAAUGAUUUGGAACACUGAGGACUUACUUGAUACUACCAAAGAGACACCAUGUGUUCCCGUGGCGAAAGUAGAUAGUGCUCAAGACAUGGGUGUACUUUCAAUGGACAUUAACAAACGUAUAACAUUUAUUAAAAACAACACACUAUCUCGACAAUAUAAAUUGGCUUCUAGUGGUAAUAGUAACGAAAUCAAAAUAUGGACAAUUCUUGCGAAUUUCAUAAUAAAGGAAAAAACUUCUACAACAAGUGAUAUUUCUUUCGAAUUAUUCGAUAUCUAUGAUGGUCACACUUCAACAGUCACAUGUGUAAAGUACAGUUCAAAUGGGGAGUAUUUAGUAUCGUCUAGUAUGGAUAAGUUGGUGAAAGUUUGGGAUAAUGAAGGUAAUUGCGUUGCUUCGCUUGAUGGUCACACUAGAUAUGUAAACUGUGCGGCCAUUUCAAAGGAUUUAUCAAUUAUAGUAUCUGGUUCAAAUGACAAAAGUAUAAUUAUUUGGGAUACAACCGACAAUUUAACUUUAGAAUCUGAUUUGAAUCAACCUAAUAAUUAUUUCGAUCGUAUAUCAGAAAACGAUUUGUUCCAGGAUGAUAACAAUGAUAAUAAUAAAGUAACACUUAUUGAAAAAAUUGACGAUUUAGUCGAUGGAUCGAUUAAUAGUUGUUGUUUUCAUGGUAAACGAUUAUUGGCAAUAGGAUCUAGUGACAAACUUAUAAGGAUUUUUAAAAUUUCGGUAGAAAAUAAUGUGGAAGAACAUUGCUUUUCUCCUUUUGAAGGACACACGUAUGCCGUAAAUCAUCUAGAAUUUUCCAAAAAUGGUCAAACUUUAGUUUCAUGUUCACAAGAUGGUGGUACCGUGAUUUGGGAUACUAAUUCGGGCGAGAAGCUUAAAUCGAUACCAAAGAACGUUUUGUCUAUUAAGGUUUGUCGAUUAUGUCCCGAUAAUACUUUUCUGAUAACCGCAGGGGAUGAUGAAAAAGCCGUAUUGUGGAAUAUUGAAACAAUGGAAAAAAUAACUACUUUUGAAGGACACUCUGAUACUAUUUCUGGUACAUGUAUUUCUCCUGAUGGAAGAAUUGCGAUUACAGUUUCACUCGACGCUAAUUUUAGAAUUUGGUCUUUGGAAAAUUAUAUAUGUUUAUAUACGAAAAAAGACGCUCACGAACAUGGGAUUCAGAAUUGUGAUAUGUCACCGAAUAUGGAGCCCUUACCAAAUUCAACGGAUGACGUUCAAUCUUAUUUACUAGCAACUUGCGGAAACGACAGUUUCGUCAAAUUGUGGAGAAUAUUAGUACCGAAUGAAAACGGUAACCCAUCAAUCGAUUUACUGAACAUAAAAUUAUGGAAAUCUCUACGAGGACACGGAGGAAAUGUAAUAUGUGUCCGAUAUUCUCAAGUAUUGGGCGAAUUUCUUUGUUCUGUAGCUACAGACCGUCAAGCGAGAAUAUGGUCUGUCCAUAGCGCUUACUGCCUUUAUGUCCUGGAUCACGAUUCGAUAAUAACAUCUUGCUCUUUUAACAUCGACUGUUCAUUACUUACAACUGGUUGUUUAGAUCGAACGUUGUGGUUAUGGAAAUUACCACAACACUUGAUGUUUCAAUCUACAGUAACAGAUAAAAUGAAAUUGAAAUCGAAACCAAUAAUAAAUUGGACAACUUUGGAUAUUAUAAAUUGGUUGAAAAAUAUCGGUUUGCUUGAAUUAAUAUCAAAAGUGAAGUCGAAUUCAUUGGACGGAAAGAAAAUUAUCACUUUAUCUGAAGAACAAAUUUGUACAGAAUUGGAUUUAGACGAAGAAGUAAAAGAAAAAUUCGUUAAAGAAAUGCGAUGGUUAAAAAACAAAGAAAUUAAAAUGGAUGCUGCUACUUGGUUAGACGUUCCCGAUAAAUUCCUGUGUCCAAUUACUCGCGAAAUAAUGAACGAUCCAGUUAUUUGUAGCGAUGGUUAUACGUACGAAAAAAACGCAAUCAGCGAAUGGUUUAUGUCCGGAAAAUAUACGAGUCCGAUGACAAAUGAAAAACUCGUUAAUUCAAAUGUAAUAAGUAAUACGAAAUUACGUACUGCAAUUUACGAAUUUUUAGAUUUGAACGGUGAUACAGAAGAAGAAGUCUAACUUUUUUAUCAUUCUUCAUAAUAUAAUAAAAAUUUAAGAAAUUUCA